CGAUUGGCGCUUUGGCCAUUUUUAGCGUUUUUUGUAAUAUUUGUUGCAUUUACCUUUUAAAAACACGCUUAUUUUUUAUAUUAUUAAAUACUACGGACUUCAGCGAAUAGAUUAACUAAUUGAGGGCUCAACUGCUCCUCAAGUCAACAGGAGUUCAUUCAUAACCACCAUAUACACCCGCGGGAAAACCCCGAUUUGACGCAAAAACAAGUGCCUAGAAGAGCGCACGUGGGCCAGGAGAUGGAUGUGGAAAACGGCGAGGGACAGGUGCAAGUGCACCUUAAAACCAAGCAGGAACACUAUGCAGUGCCAGAUGUGCCUUAUGCCAUCGAUGGAACAGUCGCCACCGCCGAGUUAAACACAUUCGUAAACGCUCUUCUCCGCCAAAAAGAUGGUUCAUCUGAAACCGACUUUGAUUUCUUGGUGUUCGAUGAAUAUCUGCGUGGCAGGCUUUGCGAUCAUUUACGCGAAAAGGCCAUUAGUUUCGAGGAUGCCAUCGAGAUCGAGUAUGUGGAGCGGUUUCCGGCGCCGGAACCGCAGGAUUGCCUGCUCCACGACGAUUGGGUGUCGGCGGUAAAGGUCAGCGGUAAGUGGAUCCUCAGCGGCUGCUAUGACAACACCCUGAACCUGUGGACCAACAAGGGCAAGCAUAUCCUCACGAUUCCCGGCCACACGGCGCCCAUUAAGGCUGUAGACUGGAUAUCGCUGGACGAGGAAACCGGUCGUUUUGUGUCGACCUCCCAGGAUCAAACCGCCAUGCUGUGGCAAUGGAGCGUGGCCUCCAAUUCGGUUGAGUGUGUCUCCGUUUGCAAGGGCCAUGAGCGAGGCGUUGAUAGCGUUAGCGUAAGUCCCGAUGGUCAGAGAUUUGCCACUGGCUCCUGGGACACCAUGCUGAAGGUGUGGUCUGCUGAGGUGGACGAUGCGGCAGAAGGGGCCUCUAAGCGAAUGAAGGAGAGUGGUGUGAGGACCCCAAAAAUGACGCUGCAGGGACAUCGCGAAAGUAUCUCUGCCGUGCAAUGGAUGGAUGCCUCCACUCUGCUUACGGGCAGUUGGGAUCACACUCUUAAAGUUUGGGACCUGGGCCUUGAGGGCAUCAAGACCGAAAUAUCCACCAACAAGUCUAUCUUUGAUGCCAGCUACUCAAAGCUGAACCGCCUGAUAGUGACGGCCUCGGCGGACAAGAAUUUGAGGCUAUACGAUGCCAGGACAAACCAGGGAUCUGUUGUGCGGAAUACUUAUCUGGGACACAAUGCUUGGGUACAGAGCGUCAUGUGGUCGAACACGGAGGAGUUCCUCUUUGUUUCCGGCGCAUACGAUAAUCAGAACAAAUUGUGGGACUGCAGGAGUCCCAAGGCCCCACUGUACGAUCUUCUGGGUCAUGGCGAAAAGGUUCUGGAUAUUGACUGGUCCAAUCCCAAGUAUAUUGUCUCCGGAGGUGCCGACAACACGGUACGCGUUUUCAAGUCACGCAAGGCGUUAGCAGAAGACAUGGAGACAAAAUAAUCCUAAAUUUUGUAAAUUUAAAAAUACAAAAUAGAUUUAAAGUUAAAAGUA